AUGAGGCACACUCGACCGUCGGCCAGUGAGGACAUGCGCCAGACCACAACAGCGACGCCACCACCGCCCCGCUUUUCCUCCGAGCACCACCCUGGGCGGAAUACGGCUGAGGGCGAUCGAAAUCGGUCGCCCAUUUGUGGCCAAAGCACCCUUGCAACGGUAGAGGAGCAUCACCAGCAGCUCAGGUCAUGGGACUCUACUGCUUCGUCCUCAUCCCUCAACGCCCCUGCCCGCGCAGCCACCUCUACCACCUCUAAGGAUCUCCCUGAAACUAAUCAUUCUACCCCCCCGCCAGCUUCAUCUACGAAGCUGAAGACACUUCACGCAAGUUUUAUCAAGUCCAGAAGCCGUCCAAAGACUGCUGCCAGUGGUGCCGCAGGUCACACCAGUUCCUCCAUAUCCCUGCCGCUGGACACGAGUGGCGAGUCCGUCAAGUGUCCGUCGGACCACGGCAAGGCUGCAGAGGAGAACCGCUCUAGUUCCGGAUGGUUGUUCCAGUCGGUGAAGGGGAGGUGCUCGUCCACGGCUUCCAUUUCUGACAACGAGAAUUCCUAA